CAAAGGCACCCCCUUUUUUCUUAUUAAACUACACAUCUAUGAAACAAAAUGUCAAAUAUAUAUUUUAAAGACUCCCGUAAAUACUUCCAAAAGACAGCAGGUUCAGGAAGCAGGGGACUACAUAAUAUCCAAUCACAUUUAAGAUGCUAGGAGUCUCCAUGUUCUACAUCAGUCAAUGACUCCAAGCCUCUAAACCCCAGAUGUCAGCUCUCAGAAACUCUGGAAGAAUUUUUCAAAUCCCAUCCCAAACCAUCGCAAACCUUUGAGAAGUCCCAUAGGGGCCAGGAGUCCAGUGGAUUUCCUAGAGCACACUUGGUCAGUUCUGUCAUCGAUAAGGACUUCUUGCUUUAGCUAAAUUCUUGUUCUUUGCACUGAAUCUUCCGGCUGUUUCUUCAGUUCUGCUGUGCAGUCAGUUAUGGGAGUUUGCUAAUUUUUACACACAAGAUCACUACUCACCUGAGGCCUGUGGGAUCAACUUUACCAAGGGCUUUGGGGAGCCAAAAGGGGGGCUACGCAGAAGACAAACCUGUCAUCUAACAGGUGGGCAUGGGAGGACGCAAGAUGGCCAGAGAUGAAGAAAAUGCCUAUGGUUCCCAGGACCCGGACGACCAGCAGCAGCCGCUCGCGCAGGAGCGCAGGCUCAGGCUCAUCCUGGCCGGCAGGACCGGAGUGGGCAAGAGCGCCACGGGCAACAGCAUCCUGGGCCACAGGCUCUUCCCGUCCAGGCUCGCGGCCACCCCGGUGACCAGAAGCUGCGCCCUGGGGAGCCGCAGCUGGGCCGGGUGGCGCGUGGAGGUCACCGACACCCCCGACCUCUUCACCGCCCAAGGCCGGCGCGCGGACCCGGACUGCACCGAGCGGGCCAGCUGCUACCUGCUCUCGGCGCCCGGGCCGCACGCGCUGCUGCUGGUCACGCAGCUGGGCCGCUUCACCGCCCAGGACGAGGAGGCGGCGCGCGGCGUCCGCGAGCUGUUCGGGGCCGGCGUCCUGGCGCGCGCCGUGCUCGUCUUCACGCGCCGGGAGGACCUGGAGGGGGGCUCGCUGCACGACUACGUGCGCGCCACCGACAACCGCGCGCUGCGGGCCCUGGUGGCCGAGUGCGGCGGCCGCGUGUGCGCCCUGGACAACCGGGCGGCGGGCGCCGAGCGCGAUGCGCAGGUGGGCGAGCUGCUGGCGCUGGUGGAGCGGCUGGCGCUGGAGCACGACGGCGCGCCCUUCACCGACGACGUGUACGGCCUGGCGUGGGCCCGGCGCCACGCGCGUCCCGAGGACACGCUCCGCCUGGUGGCCGCGCGGCUGGCGGCCCGCGGUCUGGGGAGGGGGUGGGGUCGGCAGUGGGGGCGGGGGCCGCGCUGGCUGGAGGCCGCGAGGCGGAGGUGGCCGCUGGCGCUCCUGCUGCUGGGGGGCGCACUGUUAUUUGUCCUGCUGCUUCUCCAGCGGGGGGCUCCAGGCCCAGAUUGAAGGCUCUGCCCUUCCAAACGCCGGGAGCCUGGAGGGUAAAGGGGCUGGGUCAAGGCGCUGAGGGGAACUUAAACCCAAUUUCAAAGGAAACGUGGAGCUUCAGACUGGGAGUCUUAAUGACUCAGGACGCCUUGGACACUGUAUGGACUUUGCAAAGGCUCAAGUUCACUUUUAGCGUUUAUAUGUCAGUUUUGACUCUAUGUACACUAUUCAAAUAAAUGUGGUUAACUUUCAAAUGUCCUUAAUUCA